GUGUAGUAUGGAGACACUCGGUCUCCGCAGUGAGUGCGCGUCGGUAGACAUGUUGGUUCGCAUCUUGUACGCACUCGCAGUGUGCGUGUGCGCCGCGCACGCCGCCAACAUACUUGCGGUCUUCCCCACUAACACUAGGAGCCACUACGCCAUGUAUGGCCGACUUGUGAAUGCACUAGCUAAGAGGGAACAUAAUUUAACAGUCAUAACUCAUUUUCCUAUGAAAAACCCCCCUACGAACGUGCAGGAGAUAAGUCUGGCGGGAUCCAUUCCCGAAAUUAUGAACAACCUGACGGAUAUACGCAACGCCCACAAGUACACCCUGAAGCCGGCUUACAUAAGAAAUUUGGAAUCGAUCAUCAGGGAAUGCGUGCACGCGUGCAACGUCGUGGCGCAGAAGGAAGCCGUGAGGAGACUCCUCGAAACGCGGACGAAAUUCGAUCUGGUGAUGGUGGAAGUUUUCGGUACAGAUUGUUUGCUUCCGCUGGGCGAGAGAUUCGACGCGCCGGUGGUUGGGCUCCUGUCGAGUGUCCCGCUGCCGUGGGUCAACGAGCAGCUCGGCAACCCGGACGGCACCGCCUACAUCCCCGCCUACAUGAUGGGCUUCGGCCAAAGGAUGACAAUAUGGGAACGAUUCGCGAAUACCGUCGCUGUCAUGUGGGCGAAAUUUCUGUAUAAAUACAAAUCACAAAUACCAUCGCAGGCAAUCGCUGAUAGGCUGUUCGGAGACGCGCCGCGCCUGGACUCUUUAGCCAGAAAUUACAGCCUGGUGCUCUCCAACAGUCACUUCAGUAUAAACGACGUGCGGCCGUUGGGCCCGUCGCUUGUCGAAGUGGGAGGACUUCAUUUGCCCGAAGUUCAAAAGUUACCGGAGGAACUGAAGCAAUUUUUGGACCGUUCGACCGAAGGUGUUGUCUACUGGACGUUUGGAUCUAUGUCGCGAAUAGAGACAAUACCACGGGAGAAGUUGUUGGUGAUAUUUAGCGCUAUAUCGGAGCUUUCGUAUCCAGUGCUGGUCAAGAUGGAUAGGAAACUGCUGCCGCAUAACAUGACACUACCGGCGAAUAUGCACAUGAUGGAGUGGAUUCCACAGUACGGAACCUUAUGUCAUCCAAACGUAAAGUUAUUCAUAACGCACGGCGGGCUGCUGGGUACUCAGGAGGCGGUGUCGUGCGGGGUGCCCAUGUUGAUGGUGCCGCUGUACGCCGACCAGGCGCUCAACGCGCGUGCGAUGGCGGACCGCGGCGUGGCGCACACUGUGCAGCUCUACGACUCCAACAUUGAUGAUUGGAGAUACGCUUUCAAUGAAUUAUUGUCGAACAGAAGGUACUACGAGAAUUCCUUAAAAUUAAAGGAGAAGUUCCUGGAUCGACCUGUCCCUCCAUUGGAGGCAGGUGUAUAUUGGAUAGAAUAUGUUAUAAGACAUAAAGGGGCGCAACACCUUCGGUCACCCGCUCUGGAUCUCUCCUAUACACAGUACUUCUUAUUGGACAUCAUAGCGAUAAGUUUAGUGAUAACAUAUGCAACCAUAUACAUACUACACAAAUUGUUCAGGUACCUUUGCACACGCUGCAUUCGAUGGCCAAAAGCAUUUGGUCUUGAAAAACAAUUAGGAUCAAAUAAGAGACUUUUUAGUGUAUUUUGGAUAUUUAAGAUUAAAACUAGUUAGAUUAAGUAUUACUUUCCUAAG